UUAAUUUCGUACAGAGCCACGUAUGCCUUCGUCCAAUUGGUGAUAAAUUAAUAUUAUAUCCAAAGGCUUUUUAAAUAACAUUCCUGCAUAAUUGCAUAGAGCGUAAUUUUCACAAAAUGUAUAUGCGGCGAGUACAUGUUGUAAUGCAAUUACUCAACGAUACUUUAUAUUUUCUUUUAUGAGUUUAAAUACUUAUAUUUAUAUACAUAUUAUUCUUUGUACACGUAUUAUUUUCAUAUUUUUUUAAAUAGAAACAGCAGUGUACUUAAGAAUAAUGAAUUUGCAGUGUUUAGUGAGAGUCUUCAUAUUUGUAGCAUUCCUAUUGAUAGUGUUGUCUAUGAUUUGGAGAUUUAAAUGGAACCAAGAUAACUUCAUCAUUGAAAUUAACAGCCAAAGACUAACCAAAAGCUUAGAGACCCUAAAAAACCUGCGGUUGGCCAAUGUCAAAUUAAAAGCUGAAUUGAAAAACUUGAAUGAAAAAAUAAGAAUCCAACAGAGUAUAAAGGAAUUGAGGGACAUUGAACCAAUUGCUCCAUCUGAAGAAUACGAAGUUCUACGACGUCGUAUAUAUUCAAACACUAAAGAAUUUUUUUACUACGUCAAUUCUGGAUUAGAAUCAAUAAAUAAUUCAAUGAUAAGCGUAGGACGCAUUCAUAAAAUAAAAAAUAUAGUCGGUGAACACUAUAGAUCUUUAUUAAAAGACGUUUCUGGUUUGGCUGAAGUCGACAACUAUUCGACAUGGAGACAACAGGAAUCCGAAAGCUUAAGUAUUUUAGUUCAAAGCAGAUUAGAAGAAUUGCAAAACCCACCAAAUUGGUUCACAGCAAGACAGCUAGUGUGUAAAUUUGAUAAGUUCUGUGGGUUCGGUUGUCAGAUACACCACAUUGUUUAUUGUUUUAUCGUCGCGUACAGUACUCAAAGAAUGUUAGUUCUGGACUAUAAAGAUUGGACAUAUGGUGAUGUAUGGUCAGAUGUUUUCCUUCCAUUAGGCGACACGUCUACUUUAUUAAAAAAUAUAUCAGUUGUUAAGUGGCCAGGGGAUCAAAACUCACAAAUAAUUUAUUUACCUCCAAUUGACUCAGUUUUCCCAAGACCUUAUUUCCUGCCACAAAUGAUACCCGAUGACUUGGCUCCUCGAUUGACUGUCUUGCAUGGAGAUCCUAUUGUCUGGUGGAUAGGUCAGAUUCUUAAAUACAUGCUCCGACCACAAUUAUCAACUAGACAUAUUUUAGAUGAUUACGCAAAUAAACUCAAAUUCCAAAAACCUAUCGUCGGAGUACACAUUAGAAGAACAGACAAAAUCAAUUUUGAAGCUAGUUUACAUACGCUAGAUGAAUAUAUGGUUCACGUUGAAGAGUAUUAUAAACGAAAAGAGCUGAGUGGUGAAGUUAAUCGGAAAAGAAUUUAUUUAGCUACAGACGAGCCAAAUUUGUUUGGUGAGGCCAAACGCAAUUAUCCUGAGUACGAAAUAAUCGGUUCUGAUGACAUAUCUAAAUCGGCGUCCGUGAAAAACCGAAAUUCUAAACCGGCUUUAAUUGGUAUAAUUGUUGACAUACAUUUUUUAUCCCUCAGUGACCACUUAGUUUGUACUUUUUCGUCACAGUUGUGUCGGGUAGCUUAUGAGAUAAUGAACAGUCUCUAUCCUGAUGCAUCAACUCGGUUCACAUCAUUAGACGACAUAUAUUAUUUUGGUGGUCAAGCCCAUAGAAUAAACGUAGCUGUGUUACCUCAUAAGGCCGAUGGACCGGAAGAAAUAGAUCUGCAAGUAGAAGAUCAGAUUUAUGUGGCUGGUAAUCAUUGGAAUGGUUAUUCCAAAGGCAGAAAUUUAAGAACGGGAUUACUAGGCCUUUAUCCUACAUUUAAAGUCAUUCCGAAAAUCGAAACAGCAAAAAUUGCAGAUAUACCUACUGAAACAAAAAUAUCACAAAAUUAUGGUAAAAAUGAAAACAAUUAAGUAUGAAUAAGACUCUUUGCACUGGUACCUAGGUAAUUUAAAAUAAUACUGUAGGUAUGUACUAUUUUAUCUCGUAUUGUAAUAUUUUUUUAAUAAAAAUGUAUACCUCCGUAUAUAAUAUCUAUAACUACUAAAAUUGAUCAACGUUUUUCAAAGAUCCUAUCGCAUUCCAUUAUAAAUGCUAAAAUCGGCCAAAACGAUAAAUUAACGUUAUUAUUUUCUAAAUUACCUAUUUAAUAUUAUAUAUUAUACAUACUAAAACUUAAUAGUAUAACACAGCGGAUAUAGAAUAAUGAUGAAUUAUCAGAUCCAAAAUCUAACCUCUUAUACAAAAUAAAUACAAUAUCUAAUAAUAAGUGGUACCUACCUGGUCCUCAAAGACAUCCGAAACAGAAGGGUUGUGAUCUUUUACAAAAUAACCUAUGGAUUUGUACUGAUAUGUAAAGAGUAAUUAUCAUUAAUGGGUUGCUGUUUUCAUAAAAAUUAAUUUUUUGUAUUUAUACA